AUGGUACCUUCAAGGAGAAUCCUCGUCACUCUUGCGCUGGUGGCAGCUCCCUGGCCUCCUCAAGUUCUGGCCUCGUCAACCGAUUCAUACGACUACAUCAUUGUCGGCGCCGGAACAUGCGGACUUCUCUUGGCAAACCGCCUCUCGCAAGAUGCCAACUAUACCGUUGCCAUUAUUGACCCCGGCGCCGAUGAGCGCGAUAACCCAAAUGUCGUGGAUCCGCUUGGAUGGCUGGGCUUGACUGGGACGUCGGUGUACUGGAACUACUCGAGUAUUCCUCAAGAGAAGCUUGGUGGAAGGGUGCUUGAGUACGAUGCAGGUAGAGGUAUAGGGGGGACAAGCUUGAUAAAUGGAAUGACCUACAUCCGAGGCGACAAAGCUCAAUUCGACGCCUGGGAGCAACUCGGAAACCCAGGCUGGAACUGGACCACCAUGCUCAAACACUUCAAGAAGAUUGAGCAGUUCUUCCCCCCUCUGCCGUGGCAAGAGACUGCCGGUGCUCUCUACGAGGACGAGUAUCACGGGACCUCUGGCGAGAUGCACGUCGGAUUCAACCCGGCCCUCCUCAGCGGCUCAUUCUACGGCGACGUGAAAGCGUCCUGGGCGGCUUUGGGACAAACCUUGAAUAGAGAUGCGAGCAGCGGAGACACAGCUGGGUUCGACGUUUGGCCUCAGACGCUGGAUCCCGUCAAGAAUGUACGGUGGGAUGCUGCUACAGCGUUUUAUUGGCCUGUGCAAGAUAGACCAAACUUGGCACUGCUCAAUGGCACGGUUUCUAGGAUUCUGUGGAAGAAUGACGAAGCCGACGUGCCUGAAGCCUCAGGGGUAGAGUACCUGACUCCAGACGGGAACAUCAAGACGGUAAACGCCAGGAGAGAGGUCAUCUUAUCCGCAGGGGCACUACGUACGCCGCUGAUUCUGGAACUAUCUGGUAUUGGCAAUCCGAGCAUCUUGAACGGCUUGGGCAUCGAGACGGUUGUCAACUCUCCAGGAGUGGGCGAGAACUUGAUCGACCAGUCCAACGUGGCCUUGACGUACUCGACGAAAGAGUCGUUCCCCGGCUAUGCACCGUAUGCCACGUUUGUCAAUGCCACAUCUCUCUUUGGCGACGGUGUCGAGGCUCUGGCUGCUUCAACCAAGAAGAGCCUUCCCAUCUGGGCCCAGCAGAUUGCCGCUCAAACGAAUGGAGUUAUAAGCGCCAGGGCCAUUGAGCAUCGACUCCAAGUCCAGCACGACCUCAUCUUCAAAAAGGGCGUCACCAUUGCCGAAAUCCUUUCCAGCGCGAGCGGCACCACAGCCAUCUCAGCAUACUGGGACACUCUCCCGUUCAGCCGCGGGAGCGUCCACCUCAGCUCAGCCAACGACAUCAACACUCCCGCAAUCAACCCAAGAUUCUUGUCCGUCGACUUUGAUCUGGCCGUCCAAGUCGCCGUCGGCCGCCUCGCAACAAAGUUCUGGACCACGGCCCCCAUAUCCGCCGUCAUCGAGGCCAGAGUCGAUCCCAACUCCACGAUCCUCCCGGACAACGCUACCGACGCUCAGUGGGAGGACUUUACGAGGAGCAGCUUGAUAUCGAACUCUCAUUCCCUGGGGACGGCGGCGAUGAUGAAGCGCGAAUGGGGCGGUGUGGUGGACUCGCAGAUGAGGGUUUACGGCACGGGCAACGUGAGGGUGGUGGAUGCCUCUGUGUUACCGAUGCAGGUCAGCGGACAUCUUACGGCGACGCUGUACGCGGUUGCGGAGAGGGCGGGGGAGAUGAUUGUUGGCGAUCGCAGUGGUUUGUGA